AUGGGUAAAGGUGGACGCUGGAACUACUUUCCGAAGCAUCUCGGGUCAAAGCUGGGGCCCGCAGGCUUUCAUGGCCGAAUGGCGAAAGUGCUGCAGACAGCAGGUACUGCGAUGGCGGCAAACGCGACGCUGGGAGUCAGAGCUUUGCGAGAAGAUUAUUGCAAGCCUUCGAACAGAGCUGAGAUCCCUCGAAACCUGAACGCAAUCUCAGAAGCCUUGGAGGUUGGGAAGUUCGAGCGGGUGGCGUCGCAAGAGCGGGAGGAUUUCCCCCGCUUCCGGUACCUCUUCGAAUCGGGAGAGUUGCUGCCGCCUGCCGUUUUCAUGCAAGCCCUGGAGCUGGGAGCCUAUGAGACCAUCAACGGCGCACAGCUCCUUUUCGAUCCCGAGGUCCUCGUUCUUCGGGAUAACCUGGUCAUCUCCUACAAGGCGUUGGUUGCCAAGAUCAGGCAGAAAGCGUCGAAAGAGAUCGACCGCUUGCCGGAUGCUAUGCUGCGAAAGUUUGCCAGUGCCUGGCAUGCCUGGGAGUCGGCUUGGCUUCGGAACCGGGAAGUUCAUGCAGUAGAGGCGUUGCAGCCCUCUGUCAAAGCAAUCUUGGCAUUGGAGCCACUUAUAAUUUCGGCAGAGAAAGAGCGGCUUCUGCCUUGGCCUCGCGUGCAGCACCAGAAGGCCAUCACCUUGAAGUGCCUCGAGGGCUUUGUGCACGCUUUUGGGGAGCUGGCAGCCUCAGUGCUUCCAUCCAACAAGCGGGAGAAGGAUCACGACGCGAGGCUUCUUCUGCUGAUGGACCACGUGCUCUCGCUCCGUGGGGAGAAGCUGAAAACGCAGACGCAGAAACCCUACCUGCUGGAGAAGCUCUCCUCGGCACCGAACGUGGUUUUCCCCGAUCACCAGGUCACUGCGAACGAAGCGUCGACCCUACUAGGCUCCCAUGCCCUUGCCCCGAGAGACGGGCAAGGUGUGCCACUAGAAAGCUAUGCCUUCAAGCUGCUUGGCACAUCCGGGGAGGCGAAUCAGGCAAAUUCCCGAGGCGAGGGCAACCCGCGAGGUGGUGAUCUUGCCCAGAAGGCAGCAGACCAUGCCAACGAGCUACUUAGCGCAUUCGAAAGUUUGAAGGACAUGCUGAUGUCCCUGAAGUCCACAUUGGAGCACAUCGAUCCGGCCUUGGACAAGGACGAUGCCUUCACAGUGACAUCCGGAUUCCCGGAUGACCUGGUGAAGGAGGCAGGUGCCAAAGACGCGCUCCUGUCCAUGGUUCUGAGAUCUGUCGCGGGCGUGGCGCCUUUGCCGGAUGAGUGCUGGCAGCGGGUCUUGAGCAACCUGGAAGCGACGGAGCUCUCAGGAUGCAUCAGCUCUUCCUGCCAGAGGAUGUCAACACUGUCGGAGAACCCUGAGCUGUGGCAAAUGUUGCUUCGGGCCGACUUCAGCGCAUCAUUUACACACCGAGCGAUGCUGCUGACAUGGAUGGCUAUGCAUCGGCAGUUCCAUCCACGGCAACUUUAUGUGUUCAAGCGUCGCGAACACCUUCUGGACUUAGAGAUUGCCCGAAACGAGCUUCAACAACGCGGAGAGCAGGCACGUGAGCAGGAGCGAAAGCAGCGCAGACUUCGGGCGCUGAACUACUUCCUGGUGCGUUUCGGCCAUUGCCUCUUCUGCUUGGCGCUCGUGGCCAGCAGCACGCUCCUUUGGUUGAAACUGCUAGAGGUUCUGAACACGUCCUUCUACAUCAUUCUGGCACCAUUCUUCGUUUUCGAGGCUUUCGUUUUGAUAUCAGCGGCCAUUACAUUCGCCAUCUACCUUCAGCGCAGCAGCACGGGCUGGACCUUCUACUGGAAUCGGUUGCAAGGCACAAUCAGGUGGUUCAUUCUACUGAGCUCGCCUUGCGAGUGCCUGCUGGUGCUCAUAUUUGGUUUGGCAGUGGUGCCGUUGACAGCAGCUACGCUUGAGAAGGACGUACCACGCUCCGAUCACGCAAGUGACGUGCCAGAAGCUUCCUCAUAG